AGUAUAGCUAAAAGAAGCAGCGGUAGUCUGUAAUAAAGUCAUGAUGCGGCUUACAGUGUCAGGUUGGUUACAUGAUUGAUACUACAUAGUCAUUAAACAGGGACAGUCAUGUUUGGUUUAGUUGCAGGGUUAAGGAAGUGUGCUAUCAAGAGGCAAGAUUUAGAGACUUCAUCUUUACUUUGUGCCUUUUUGCUUUGCCGUUUUAUUUGUAAAUAGCAAUUUGCUGAUGAUAAACAGAUGAUAAAAGUACGGAAAAGAACGUUGUAAAUAAGGUCUGGAUAUGGAGUCAUGUGCUGGUGUGGUAAUAGUAAGUACUGCACUGUGACUCCGCUGGAUUAACUGCUGAAAGUAGCGUUUAUCCUUGUGGGAUGUUGGCUAAUUAGCCAUAUGCUUGUGUGUGUGUGUGUGUGUGUGUGUGUGUGUAUGUGUGUAUGUAAAAGCCAUUAAGGCACAAUAGGAAGCCCUCUUUUCACUAGCCGUCCAUCUAUAAGCAAUACGUUUUUGUGUUACGUAUUACCAAAUUGGCCGUAUAGUAUGCAAACCGUCUCGAAAUUUUAUUCCUUUUCUGACUUUGCCUCCUACUCUUGGACUAUUUCUGUACCCGGAGGUGUGUGUGUGUGUGUGUUUCAGUAAACAGUACAUAACACCUCAUCGAUUGCCACUAAAGAGGCUGCUGUGGCGCAGUAUGCAGGUGUGAUUCAUUCCGCACGUCCACUAUGAAAAGUCAUCUCAGCGCCUUUCAACCUUCCUCCAUCGCCUCCCUUCAGGGUUUAUGUGGUUGCCAUGCUACCUUUCCAAACAUCAGGGCCGCAGACAUCCAUAAUUAGCUGCUACAAACACUUGAGAUGACCUAUGGUGCACGGGAAACACGUACGGCGUCAUUCUGUCAUUAGCAAUAACAAUGCUAAAACAGAUGGAAUAUUCAGACAAAAAUGCAUCAGGGACUAUGAAGCUGAUUACUACUGAAGAAAUAAUUGUAUUGAGUAUUUCAUCAUUAUUUUAUGAUUAUUUGUCUAAAUGAUCAAACAUUACCAAAUAUAGUGGCUCCAACAGUGUGAGACUGCAGUGAUUCAGUACGGAGAACAGAAAAGGUCAGACUGUUGCGAAGAGAUAAAUGUGAGAAAGGGACAAUGCGAGGCAGACAAGCCAUGGAGGCAUUAAAAGGAUGUGGACGCCAAAGGGAUUUCUCCAUUCCGGGGCAUUCCACAUAUUUCAUAAUCUUUUUAUGUGGGUCUGAACAAGUGUUUGCUGCAGUUAAGCAGGAUUUAGGCACUAAUUCUGCUAUUAUUAGCCGCCAUGACAGCUAAAAGCUAAUACUUUAGCCAGACCGUCAGCCUGCAUGACUGGAUGUGAUCUGUGUUGUCUGCUAAAAAAUACAGUCAUAUAAUUAUUUCACCGUGAAAUAAAUACCUGAUUAGAUAAUAGCACAGCCCCAAAAAUGAACAAGACUUGAAAGAGGAAGACUUCCUUCCUCUUUCAUUGGCAAAUAAGGGGCCACUUGAGGAAGCUGGAAGAAGAACUUUUGUACCAUCUCGUGGUGAAAAGGCUACACUGCAGCAAGACUGAUGUUGAUGUCGGUAGAAACAGCGUGUUGAUUCAUUUUUAUUAAGUUGUUACAUUUAAAUAUCGUGCAAUAUAUGUUUUGAUUGAUGCUGAAUGUGUUUUUUAAAUUAACAUUUAUUAAUCAUUUUCUGCAAAUAUUAUGUCAUUGUCGAGUACCGGUGGUAUAAAGACCGGCAGGGCAAUGUAAUAUUCGUCCGUGUGGCAACACGUAACUGAUUGCCUCGUUCCUCCAUCAGACUUAGUGAUGCACGUGAGGGGGUUCGUGGUGUGCCGAAAGAUUUUUCCAAUUUUUAAAAAACGGUUGAAAAAAACUGUCCUAAAGUAACGCUGUGGUCUAAAAGACUAUGAAGUCAUCUCUCUCUCUCUCACACACACACACACAUACACGCCUGCAGGUCCGAGAUGGUCAUCGUGGAAUUUGGGUAUCUUUAUUUGCAUAAGAUGCGCCGGUAUUCAUCGAAAUCUCGGGGUCCACAUCUCCAAAGUCAAGUCCGUCAACCUGGACCAGUGGACGCAGGAGCAGGUCCAGUGUGUUCAGGAGAUGGGGAACGCCAAGGCCAAGCGUCUCUACGAGGCCUUCCUACCAGAAUGCUUCCAGCGGCCCGAGACGGACCAGUCUGCAGAGAUCUUCAUCAGGGACAAGUAUGACAAGAAGAAGUACAUGGAUCGGGUCAUUGACAUCCAAAUGCUCAGGAAAGAAAAGAGCUGUGAGAACAUCCCCAAGGAGCCUGUUGUCUUUGAGAAAAUGAAACUGAAAAAAGACGUCAGCCCAAAGACAGACUCUCAAGGUGUUACGGAUUUGCUUGGAUUAGACGCUCCAAGUCCAGCAGUGUCCAAUGGGGUUCAAAACACAAAUAACGAGAGUCCAGCAGGUUCUAACUCUGCACACUCUGCCUUGGACCUCUUCAGUACCCUCUCAGAUCCUUCCACUUCCUCCUCAAAGAACACAGCUGCCUCCACCUUCUUGCCUCAGAGCAGAGUGACCGCCUCUGUGCCUGAAAACCUCAGCCUCUUCCUGGACCCGGCACCCAAAAAGGCAGAAGGUGCGUUCAAGAAGUUGUCCAAGGAUUCUAUUCUCUCCUUGUACGGCUCCACCCCCUCAGUGCAUUUCAGCAGCAUGGCGGCUAACCAUGGUUUGUAUAUGAACCAAAUGGGAUACCCGACACACCCGUAUGGUUCUUACCAUUCCUUAGCCCAGGCGGGUGGAAUGGGCGGAGCCAUGGUGAUGUCACAGGUUGCUAUGAUGGGUCAACAGCAGAACAGCAUGAUGGGCGUCCAACAGAACGGCUUGAUGACGACUCAACACGGCUCACCUUACACAGAAGGGAUGGUGGGACAGCAGCAAAACGCCAUGAUGGCGCCGCAGCAGAACAGCAUCAUGGGACAGCAGCAAGGCGGAUUACUGAUGCAGCAGCAGAGUGCUGGGGUGAUGGGACAUCCCCAGCAGCAAAUGUUCGGAGCUCAGCAGCAGCAGCAGCAGUGGAACGUUGCACAGAUGACUCAGCAUAUGUCCGGCAUGAAUCUCUACAACACCAGCGGGGUGAUGCCAUUCAACAGUCAACCCACAGGUGGCGCCACGGCUCCAAGUUCAGCACAUAUGACAGCACACGUCUGGAAAUAGAAUAAGACAUGUGGCUUUGACUCUGGUGAGCUUUUUCUAAUAUGAGGAGGAGGAGGAGACGAGAAUAAGACAGAGUACAACUACCUCUUCCUCUCUCCUGAGUCCACGUCUUGCCUCGGCCAAGCUCCGCUAAUGUCAACGCUUGCCUUCAGAACAUUCCGUCAAUGCAGCAACAGGGUCAGAGAUGCACGUGGAUCCAUAUUAUUUGUCUUGGUGCAAUGCAGUCGCCAUAGAGAUUUAUUUUUAUUAUUAUUAUUAUUAUGAGUAUUUAUUUUAGGGUCACAUUAAAAAAAAUCUGAGAUUUUCAUGUUGUAAAUUUACAAAAAUAAAGUCUUAAAUUUAGGAGAAAAAAAUGUACAUUUCCGAUUUAAUUCUCAGAAAUUUCCGACUUUUUUUUGUAAAAGUACAACUUUUGUAAAUCUAUGAGCAGUUAGGAGAAAAAAAAGCGUAAAGUAAAGUGUAAAUUAACGAGAACAAAAGUCAUACAUUUACAAGAAAACAAUGGUAAUAUUACAAGAAUAAAGUUUCCAGGAAUAAGGCCAUAAAUUUAUGACAAAAAAGUCGGAAAUUUGAGAGAAAAAAACAUAAUUUUCCAACUUUACUCUUACAAGAAAAAAAGGUUCUGACUUUAUUCUUUUAAAUGUACGAAUAUUUCUUGUAAAUGUAUGACUUUUAUUCUUGAGAAUUCAGGAGAAAAAAAGCGUGUACAUUUCGGACUUUAUUCUCGCCAAUUCACGAGAACAAAAGUCGUACAUUUGCAAGAAAAACAGUGAGAUAUUUACAAGAAAAGAAGUGGUAAUAUUAAGAGAAUAAAGUUGUUAAUUUCCAAGAAUAAGGUCAUAAAUUUAUGAGAAAAAAGUCGAAAAUCUUGGGGGAAAAAUAAUUUGCGAGUUUACUCUUACAAGGAAGAAGUUGUAAAUUUACUACUUAAUUCUUGUAAAAUUUACGACUUUAAGAAAAAAGUUGUAAAUUUACGUCUUUAUUCUUGCAAAUGUACAACUUUUGUUCUUCUAAAUCUAUGACAAUUUAGAAGAAAAAAAGCGUGUACAUUUCGGACUUUAUUCUCGUAAAUUCACGAGAACAAAAGACACACAAGCACCAGACUUGACUGCCGGAACAACAGGUUUUUGUUGCAGGUUCGAAUUAUCUCACAACAGGCACAAUAAUCCCUAACACGGUCUACUGUUACGGCCGUAACCUCCACCAAGGAAAAACUCAACUCAUCCCUUCCUGUCCAUGCCGCCGGAACACAUUUAGAGCAACGCGCGUAAGCACAAAUCUGUUUUAUGUCCACUAUAUUGGGUGAUAUGAGUUUUAAGGUGACUAUAGGGAUGUUAUUUCAUGUCUAGAGGGCUCCCAUCAGGUUGGAAAAAAUAAUUUUCUAUGCUUUAACUGAAAAUAUUGCAUUUCUAAAUAAGGAUUACUGGUCCUACGGUACAUUAGUUUAACACAACCAUAAUUCCCAGAGGGUCUGCUAAGGGUUUAAACUCCACGUAGCACUGCAGGACAAAGAUAAGUUCCUACAUUUCUACUUUAAUUCCAUCAUCUUCUGCUUCAUGUACACAGCGCUUCUUCUAAAAUCAAUAUCUGCAGUACACGAGAGACCUAAACUGGAUUUUUUUUUUUGGGCAGACCAAAGAUAAAUAGUAUAGCUUUUGAAGGAUUGUAUAGUAUUCCAAUGUGUUGUUACUGUGCAGCUAUGUCAUGCAUUAUUCAGUCCUUUUAGAACAUUUUUGCUCUCGUAGGAUGAAAACUGGGGCAUCACUGUGCACUUAAACACACAACUUGCAUGUAAAGACGCACACACAACGUGACAUUGUGUGGUAAAAGCCAGGAAGGAUGGCCAAUGUCUUUUAAACGGAGGUUCCAUCGGUCGUCAGGAGGAUAUCAGACACUUCCAGUGAGCUGCAUGAAGAGAAUGUUUUUCCAAUGAUUGUGUUUAUUUUGUUGGCUUCAGUGCGUCAAUGGAGUCUAGAAAAGUAGAAAAUGCUUUUUUUUCGGUCUCUAAUUUUAUAUCUUCUAAGCAAAAUGCAUCUUUGGAAUGUCUGUGGUUUCCUACACAACUUUACGAGCACUUUUUUUGUUUUUUUUUAAGCAAACUAAAUCCAUGAUUCUGUUUGGAUUUUACUAAAUGCAUGAAGUCAUGAUUGUAGAACUCUGAAUGUUUGAUUUCAGUGAUUACAAGGAGAAAAAAGAUGAAAAAUGUGUAUUAUUUGUGACUUUUUGGGUCAAAUACAAGCAAAUAGAGGAAUGUAUUAUUUGUCAUACUUGUCUAUCAAUGUAAUGUUCUAUACAAAUGUAUAUCAGACAAUAUUUAUGAAUUUUUUUCACAUGCUUUUGCCUGUCAGAUUUCAUAAUGACCUACCUGUAAGAUAAGAUGUCCGUCUCCGUGGGAAUAAUGAUGAAUAAAUAUGGUUUGGAAUA